GCCGCCCGGCCUGAGGGGGAGGGAGAGGGGUUGAGGCAAGAUGGCGGCUAAGGUGGCGAAGCUGCGGCGGCGGCCGGAGUGAGCGCCCAGCUCGCCGUGCCGAGCGAGGGGCCGGGCGGAGGGCCGCGCGCCGGGGGCCGCGCCCCGCUCGUCCGGCCGUGGGGCGCGCCGGCUCCCACACUCCGCCAGCUCCGGGUUGUUUCCUAGAAACAUGGUUGUUUGUUGGACUUGAUCUCACAGCCGAGUGAGGACGUCUUUACUGAUAAUGUCAAGUUCAGGAUACCCUCCCAACCAAGGAGCUUUCAGCACAGAGCAAAGUCGUUAUCCUUCACAUUCUGUCCAGUAUACUUUCCCCAGCACCAGGCACCAGCAGGAGUUUGCAGUCCCUGACUAUCGCUCUUCUCAUAUUGAAGUUAGUCAGGCAUCACAGCUUUUGCAGCAACAGCAGCAGCAGCUUCGAAGACGACCUUCCUUGCUUUCAGAAUUUCACCCAGGUUCUGACAGGCCUCAAGAAAGAAGAACUGGAUAUGAACAGUUUCACUCAGGUCCCUCUCCAGUGGAUCAUGAUUCCUUGGAGUCCAAGCGACCACGCUUGGAGCCAGUUUCUGAUGCCCAUUUCCAGCGUGUUAGUGCUGCGGUUUUACCGUUAGUUCACACGCUGCCAGAAGGGUUGAGGUCUUCUGCAGAUGCUAAGAAGGAUCCAGCAUUUGGAGGCAAACAUGAAGCUCCAUCCUCUCCACUGGCUGGGCAACCAUGUGGGGAUGAUCAAAACGCCUCACCUUCAAAGCUUUCAAAGGAAGAGUUAAUACAGAGUAUGGAUCGGGUAGAUCGAGAGAUUGCAAAAGUAGAGCAGCAGAUCCUUAAAUUGAAAAAGAAGCAACAACAGCUCGAAGAAGAAGCAGCUAAACCUCCUGAGCCAGAGAAGCCUGUGUCCCCUCCUCCUGUGGAACAGAAACACCGUAGUAUUGUCCAAAUUAUUUAUGAUGAGAAUCGGAAAAAAGCAGAAGAAGCUCAUAAAAUUUUUGAAGGUCUUGGCCCAAAAGUUGAACUGCCACUUUAUAACCAGCCAUCAGAUACCAAGGUGUACCAUGAGAACAUCAAGACAAACCAGGUGAUGAGGAAAAAACUCAUUUUAUUUUUUAAAAGAAGAAAUCAUGCAAGAAAACAAAGGGAACAAAAAAUCUGCCAGCGUUAUGAUCAGCUCAUGGAGGCAUGGGAGAAAAAAGUGGACAGAAUAGAAAAUAAUCCCCGGAGGAAAGCAAAAGAAAGCAAAACAAGGGAAUACUAUGAGAAGCAGUUUCCAGAAAUUCGAAAACAAAGAGAACAGCAAGAAAGAUUUCAACGAGUUGGUCAGAGGGGAGCUGGUCUUUCAGCCACCAUUGCUAGGAGUGAGCAUGAGAUUUCUGAAAUUAUUGAUGGUCUUUCUGAGCAGGAGAAUAAUGAGAAACAAAUGCGGCAGCUUUCUGUGAUUCCACCUAUGAUGUUUGAUGCAGAACAAAGAAGGGUCAAGUUCAUCAAUAUGAAUGGACUUAUGGAGGAUCCGAUGAAAGUUUAUAAAGAUAGACAGUUUAUGAAUGUUUGGACUGACCAUGAAAAGGAGAUCUUUAAGGACAAGUUUAUCCAGCAUCCAAAAAAUUUUGGACUAAUUGCAUCCUACUUGGAAAGGAAGAUUGCCCGUCCCUCACAAGAAGAAAAAGUAGAAGAAAAAGAAGAGGAUAAAGCAGAAAAAACAGAGAAAAAGGAAGAAGAAAAGAAGGAUGAUGAAGAAAAAGAAGAGAAGGAAGACUCAAAAGAAACUACCAAGGAAAAGGACAGAACGGAAGGCACAACAGAAGAAACGGAGGAAAGAGAGCAGGCCACGCCCAGGGGACGAAAGACGGCUAACAGCCAGGGGCGCCGGAAGGGCCGCAUCACUAGGUCGAUGACAAGUGAAGCUGCAGCUGCCAGUGCUGCUGCCUCAGCCACUGAGGAGCCCCCUCCAUCUUUACCACCGCCACCAGAGCCCAUUUCUACUGAGCCUGUAGAGACCUCACGAUGGACUGAAGAAGAAAUGGAAGUUGCUAAAAAAGGCCUAGUAGAACAUGGUCGUAACUGGGCAGCUAUUGCCAAAAUGGUGGGAACUAAAAGUGAAGCCCAGUGUAAAAACUUCUAUUUCAACUAUAAAAGGCGGCACAAUCUUGACAACCUCUUGCAGCAACACAAACAGAAAGCUUCACGAAAACCUCGUGAGGAACGAGAUGUGUCUCAAUGUGAAAGUGUUGCUUCUACUGUUUCUGCUCAGGAGGAUGAAGAUGUUGAAGCCUCCAAUGAAGAGGAAAAUCCAGAAGAUAGUGAAGGUGCUGAAAAUAGUUCUGAUACAGAAAGUGCUCCCUCUCCUUCACCAGUUGAAGCUGCCAAGCCCAGUGAAGACAGCAGUGAAAAUGCUGCUUCUCGAGGAAACACCGAACCUGUGGCUGAGCUUGAGGCCACCACUGACCCUGCACCCUGUGCAUCUCCCUCUUCAGCAGUUCCAAGCACAAAACCAGCUGAAAGUGAAAGUGUGGAGGUCCAGGCGACUGACAGUGCCAGUGUGGAGACAGCAGAGCCGAUGGAUGUAGACCGUGAGGAGUGCGGUACUGAAGCCAGUUCUGUUCUUGAUCCGCCAGCUGCUCCCAAAGCCGACUCUGUGGACGCAGAAGUGCGGGUGUCAGAAAACACUGCGUCUCAAGGUGAAGGAGAUGCCAAAGAAAGAGACUUGGAGAGCACCAGUGAGAAGACCGAGGCUAGAGAUGAAGACCUGGUGGUGGCUGAGCAGAUGAAUAUCCAGAGACCUGAGCCACAGUCAGACAACGACUCCAGUGCCACAUGCAGUGCUGAUGAGGAUGUGGAUGGGGAGCCUGAGAGGCAGAGAGUGUUUCCUAUGGAUGCAAAGCCUUCAUUGUUAAAUCCAACUGGAUCUAUACUAGUUUCAUCCCCUAUUAAACCCAAUCCACUGGAUCUGCCACAGCUUCAACAUCGAGCUGCUGUCAUCCCGCCAAUGGUUUCUUGCACCCCAUGUAAUAUACCAAUUGGACCCCCUGUGAGUGGCUAUGCUCUUUACCAGCGUCACAUUAAGGCCAUGCAUGAGUCAGCACUGCUGGAGGAACAGCGUCAGAGGCAAGAGCAGAUAGACUUGGAAUGUAGAAGCUCUACAAGUCCGUGUGGUACUUCUAAGAGUCCAAACAGGGAAUGGGAAGGAAAAUCAGUCGCCUAUAUGCCUUAUGCUGAGGUCAAACGUGCUCUAGAACAGGAAGCACAGAUGCACAGUACCGCAGCAAGGUCAGCCUCACCGUGUAGGCUCUCUCCAAGAGAAGUCAGUAAAGCCGCUUCACAGCCUGAUAUGAGUGCAGCCCGCUAUAGUGUCCCUCCAGUCCUCCAACCUGCUCCACAUCAAGUGAUAACUAAUCUUCCUGAAGGGGUUCGACUUCCAACAACGCGACCAACCAGACCACCACCUCCUCUCAUCCCAUCGUCUAAAACUACAGCAGCAUCAGAAAAACCAUCCUUUAUAAUGGGAGGGUCCAUCUCACAGGGAACUCCUGGCACUUACUUGACUUCUCAUAAUCAGGCUUAUACUCCAGAAGCAGCUAAGCCUUCAGUGGGAUCAAUCUCUCUUGGAUUGCCACGGCAGCAGGAAUCCACCAAGUCAGCUCCUUUGACCUACAUCAAGCAAGAAGAAUUUUCUCCACGAAGCCAAAACUCACAACCUGAGGGCUUAUUGGUCAGGGCACAGCAUGAAGGUGUGGUCAGAGGCACUGGAGGUGCUGUCCAAGAAGGAAGUAUAACUCGGGGAACUCCAGCCAGCAAAAUCUCAGUGGAGAGCAUUUCAUCGUUGCGGGGCUCUAUUACCCAGGGUACCCCAGCUCUGCCCCAGGCUGGUAUACCAACAGAGACUUUGGUGAAGGGGCCUGUUUCCAGGAUGCCUAUUGAAGAAAGCAGUCCUGAGAAGGUCAGAGAGGAAGCUGCAUCCAAAGGCCAUGUUAUUUAUGAAGGCAAAAGUGGACACAUCUUAUCAUAUGAUAAUAUUAAGAAUGCCCGAGAAGGUACUCGGAGUCCAAGAACAGCUCAUGAAAUCAGUUUAAAAAGAAGCUAUGAGUCAGUGGAAGGAAAUAUAAAGCAAGGGAUGUCAAUGAGGGAGUCUCCUGUAUCAGCACCAUUAGAGGGUCUGAUAUGCCGAGCAUUGCCCAGAGGGAGCCCUCAUUCUGACCUCAAAGAAAGGACUGUGCUCUCUGGUUCCAUAAUGCAGGGUACACCAAGAGCAACAACCGAUAGCUUUGAAGACGGCCUUAAAUAUCCCAAACAGAUUAAAAGGGAAAGCCCUCCUAUCCGAGCAUUUGAAGGCGCCAUUACCAAAGGAAAACCAUAUGAUGGUAUCACUACCAUCAAAGAAAUGGGGCGUUCUAUUCAUGAGAUUCCACGACAAGAUAUUCUAACUCAGGAAAGCCGAAAAACUCCAGAAGUGGUCCAGAGCACAAGGCCAAUAAUUGAGGGUUCCAUUUCCCAGGGCACGCCAAUAAAAUAUGACAACAACUCAGGUCAAUCAGCUAUCAAACAUAAUGUGAAGUCCUUAAUCACAGGGCCUAGCAAACUACCCCGUGGAAUGCUGGAAAUUGUACCAGAGAACAUAAAAGUAGUAGAACGGGGAAAAUAUGAGGAUGUGAAAGCCAGUGAGCCUGUGCGUCCCCGGCACACGUCAGUGGUGAGCUCUGGCCCCUCCGUUCUCAGGUCUACACUUCAUGAAGCUCCCAAAGCACAGCUGAGCCCAGGAAUCUAUGAUGACACCAGUGCUCGCAGGACCCCUGUGAGUUACCAAAGCACCAUAUCCAGAGGCUCACCCAUGAUGAGCAGAACUUCCGAUGUUUCUUCCAGCAAGUCUACCAGUCAUGAAAGGAAAUCGGCUCUGACCCCAACCCAGAGAGAAAGUAUACCAGCCAAGUCUCCGGUGCCUGGGGUGGAUCCUGUCUUGAGCCACAGCCCAUUUGAUCCCCAUCAUAGGAGUAGUGCUGCAGGAGAGGUUUAUCGGAGCCACCUUCCCACGCACUUGGAUCCAGCCAUGCCCUUUCACAGGGCUUUGGAUCCUGCAGCUGCUGCUUACCUGUUUCAGAGACAGCUUUCACCAACCCCAGGAUACCCAAGUCAGUACCAGCUUUAUGCAAUGGAGAACACCAGACAGACAAUCCUAAAUGAUUACAUUACCUCACAGCAGAUGCAGGUGAAUUUGCGCCCUGAUGUUGCCCGGGGACUGUCCCCACGAGAGCAGCCACUGGGUCUCCCUUAUCCAGCUACGAGAGGAAUCAUUGAUCUGACAAAUAUGCCUCCAACAAUUCUAGUGCCUCAUGCAGGAGGAGCGAGCACUCCUCCCAUGGACAGAAUCACCUACAUCCCUGGCACGCAGAUUACUUUCCCUCCUAGGCCAUACAAUGCUGCGUCUUUGUCUCCAGGACACCCAACACAUCUUACAGCAGCCGCAAGUGCUGACAGGGAUCGAGAGCGGGAAAGAGAGAAGGAGCGGGAACGAGAACGAGAACGUGAGCGUGAGCGUGAGCGGGAACGGGAACGAGAACGUGAGCGUGAACGUGAACGUGAACGUGAACGUGAGAGGCUCUCUGCUGCUUCUGCUGAUCUCUACCUACGACCAGGCUCAGAACAGCCUGGCCGACCUGGCAGCCACGGAUAUGUUCGUUCCCCUUCCCCUUCAGUAAGAACUCAGGAGACCAUGUUGCAACAGAGACCCAGUGUUUUCCAAGGAACCAAUGGAACCAGUGUAAUCACACCUUUGGAUCCAACUGCUCAGCUACGAAUCAUGCCACUGCCUGCUGGGGGCCCUUCAAUAAGCCAAGGCCUGCCAGCGUCCCGUUACAACACUGCUGCGGAUGCCCUUGCUGCUCUUGUGGAUGCUGCAGCUUCUGCACCCCAGAUGGAUGUUUCCAAAACAAAAGAGAGUAAGCAUGAAGCUGCCAGGUUAGAAGAAAAUUUGAGAAGCAGGUCAGCAGCAGUUAGUGAACAGCAGCAGCUAGAGCAGAAAAACCUGGAGGUGGAGAAGAGAUCUGUUCAGUGUGUGUGCACUUCUUCAGCCCUUCCGAGUGGCAAGCCCCAGCCUCAUGCCUCAGUAGUGUUUUCUGAGGCUGGGAAAGAUAAAGGGCCUCCUCCAAAAUCCAGAUAUGAGGAAGAGCUAAGGACCCGAGGGAAGACUACCAUUACUGCAGCUAACUUCAUAGACGUGAUCAUCACCCGGCAAAUUGCCUCGGACAAGGAUGCGAGGGAACGUGGCUCUCAAAGUUCAGACUCUUCUAGUAGCUUGUCUUCUCACAGGUAUGAAGCACCUAGUGAUGCUAUUGAGGUGAUAAGUCCUGCCAGCUCCCCUGCACCACCCCAGGACAAGCCACAGGCCUAUCAGCCAGACAUGGCUAAGGGAAAUCAAGUAGAAAAUGAGCCCACUCGGCAGUAUGAAGGACCACUGCAUCACUAUCGGUCCCAGCAGGAAUCACCAUCCCCACAGCAGCAGCCACCACCACCUCCGUCCUCCCAGGCAGAAGGAAUGGGUCAGGUGCCCAGGACCCAUCGACUGAUUACACUUGCUGACCACAUCUGUCAAAUUAUCACACAGGAUUUUGCUAGAAAUCAAGUUUCCUCACAGUCUCCUACUUCAACAUUCCAAACGUCACCAUCUGCGUUGGCGUCCACACCUGUGAGAACUAAACCAUCAAGUCGCUACAGCCCAGAGUCUCAGGCUCAGACUGUGCUGCAUCCAAGACCAGGCUCUAGAGUUUCUCCAGAAAACCUUGUGGAUAAGCCCCGGGGAAGCAGGCCUGGAAAGUCUCCAGAGAGGAGUCAUAUCUCAUCAGAGCCCUAUGAGCCCAUCUCCCCACCCCAAGUUCCUGCUGUGCAUGAGAAGCAGGACAGCAUGCUGCUCUUGUCGCAGAGGGGAGUGGAGCCUACAGAGCAGAGGAAUGAUUCUCGAUCACCAGGAAGUAUAAGCUACUUGCCUUCCUUCUUCACCAAGCUCGAAAGCACAUCACCCAUGGUUAAAUCAAAGAAGCAGGAAAUUUUUCGUAAGUUGAACUCCUCUGGUGGAGGUGACUCUGAUAUGGCAGCUGCGCAGCCAGGAACUGAGAUCUUCAAUCUGCCAGCAGUUACAACAUCAGGUGCAGUUAGCUCAAGAAGCCAUUCUUUUGCCGAUCCUGCCAGUAAUCUUGGUCUAGAAGACAUCAUCAGAAAGGCUCUCAUGGGAAGUUUUGAUGAUAAAGUAGAAGACCAUGGUGUGGUCAUGCCCCAGCCUGUGGGAGUUGUGUCUGGUAGUGCCAGCACCUCAGUUGUGACCAGCAGUGAGACACGGAGAGAUGAAGGGGACCCAUCACCUCAUUCAGGAGUAUGCAAACCAAAACUGAUCAACAAAUCAAAUAGCCGGAAGUCUAAAUCUCCUAUUCCUGGGCAAAGCUACUUAGGAACUGAGCGGCCUUCUUCAGUCUCCUCUGUACAUUCAGAAGGUGAUUACCACAGGCAGACACCAGGAUGGGCCUGGGAAGACAGGCCCUCUUCAACAGGUUCUACUCAGUUCCCCUACAAUCCUCUGACCCUGCGGAUGCUCAGCAGCACACCCCCAACACCAAUUGCGUGUGCCCCGUCUGCCAUCAACCAAGCAGCUCCUCAUCAACAGAACCGCAUCUGGGAGCGGGAACCUGCCCCGCUGCUCUCAGCGCAAUAUGAGACACUGUCUGACAGUGACGACUGACCUGUGCAUAGGAAGAAACUCUGGCUCUGAUUUUAAUUGCAGAUUAAAAAAAUUCUGCCCUCCUAUGAUUUGUGCCCAGAGACUUCUCAGGAGAGCCAGGGCCACAGAUGAAGAAGAAAUGAUGGAAGUUCAUUUGGAAAAUCAAAUGGGAAAAAAACAAAUCUACCCUGCCUCUAAUACAGGCAAUUCAAUGGAUUAUAACAGGGGAGGGUUAAGUGUAGAGUUUUUUUUUUAAAGUGGACAAUUCCUGUUUGUAAAGGAAACCAUGAUGUCUUUAAAUCACUCUUCUGUAAAUAGAACCUUUUUGCAGUGUAUCCCCUUUGCUGUAGUAUCUGGUGUACUUAAAUUUAAAUCAGCACAUCAACAUUGGGGGUAAUUUUUUAAAUUCUUUGUCUAUCUUUUUAACCCCAGCCUUCUAAACAACCUCACACAGCACAGUUAUACAGUACUGGCUGUCAUGGGCAUUGUAUUUCGUUUCCUCUAAAUUCAACUUUCCCCGGUAAAUCUUGUGAAAAUGUUUAGGUUUUUACCACAUACCCUGUCAUAAAAGCUGAAUGAGGUCACAGGGCAGGAGCGCAGAGCGUCAUUGUGAGUUUCCAGUGCAGGCUUUGCUGUCAUUAGUAGCACUGAAAACAAACCUACUGCAUGGGUAUGUUAGAGUUCAGUUUUAAAGUUUAAAGGCUUGAGGCAUACCUCAAUGUUUAUGCACACUGGUAAUUUAACCAUGCCCCUAAGUAUUCUGCAUUUGAUGCAGCCCAACAAAGCUUUUGUUCUGAAAUAAAUUUGACUAUCCUGUCCAUAGCUACAGUACAUCAUUUGUGACUUCAGAAUCUUCGUGUCUCAGGUUUCAAACAAGAAACUUUUCUUUGAUACAUAUCUGGCUGAGUUAAAAAGAUAAUCUGUACAGAACCUUGGUCUUCCAGGCUUGUUUUAUGCUGCAUCCUGAACUAACCAAUGAACACAAGUCCUUUCCUAUCUGCAUCAGCGCCUACUCUGCUUCUACAGAACACGAGUAAAGUGUUUUCAAGGUGCAAGUAAUUUAAAGACUUAAUUUUUAAAUUAUGGUACUGGAGGAUCACGUUUUUAUUAAAAAUUACUUGGUGUGUUUUUAGAUUUGUUUUCACACAGCUUUAUCAUGGUGUUCAUGCUUCUUCCACUGCAUACAGACACUUAGUGGUUUGGGGAUAAUGCCACUGAGAAUUGACAGGAGAAAGUCUCGAGAACCACUGCCUGAGCUCCGCUUAGCAUCUGGACCACUGGUUUCUAAUCCCCACCCCCCUUUGUUUUUAUAGAUGGAGACACAGGCUCAAAUUUGCCCAUAUAACUUAGCAAGUAAUAAAGACAGACAUUUGAGAUCUUAAACUUUAGCCAUGCAUGGUAGCGUACACCUUUAAUCUCAGCACUUGGGAAGCAGAAGCAGGCAAAUCACUAAAAGUAUAAGGCUAGCCUGGAUUACAAGGUGAGUUCUGGGCCAGCCAAAGCUACAAUGAGACAGAAUUCUUAUCACCUGUAAAGUCUGCAAGUGUCCAAAGUAUACCUUUACAAUAGUCAUGAACAUAACAAAGACUAAAGUUUGAUUAAAGCCCCCCCCCCCACCAAAGUUCCAGUAAUAGCCUAGAACUUAGUAAGUCAUAAAUGAUGAGGACUGACCCGUUCUAGGUUGGGUUCAGUUUAGGAUACAUCAGCCUAGAAGACGGUCCCAUGCGCACCACAAUACAACAUGACAUCCAGUAUAAUUUCCUAGUUCAAAACAACUAGAACAGAAUCCUCAGAGUUUACCUAGAGAGGGGGAGGUAUGCCUUACUGUGAGACUAAGGGAGGAAGCAGGCACUGAGACUUAGGAAAUCAGCCACAAUUCAAAGUGUAGCAUAGCAUUUUUUGUGGGCCAACACUAUAUAACACAUGCACAUACAACUAAA